AUGAAACGUUCGCUGGAAACUUUUUUCGCCCAACUAACUUGUGCUACAGAUGACCGGUACGACAUCCAGGAGGCAGUGUUUAUGCGUUGGGCAAACUCGCUUGUUGAUGGGGCGGUCAAAGAACUGAACGAUAUAACCGAUACGAAAUUUCUUUCUGGUUUUGUACAGCUUAUCACCGGUGAACCAUUCGUAAGUUUUCUGAAAAAAAAAUUUUUUUUUAUAGUGCAAGUGCUGUAG